UUCACAUGCUCGAAUGGCGCUUUGACAACUGCCGACUACCUCAUGUCGGACUGCAUUGGUGACAAGAUCCCGAAAGACCCAGAUGUUCUAGCAGAUUUCGGAUAUUUUCCAUGGUUCGUCGAGAACAGACCUCUCAUCUUCCCGCCUGUCCCACAAAUCCACGCAGUAACGGACAAUGACAUCUCAGAACAUUAUUACAAACCAGCAAAAUUCUUGCUGGAGCCCAGAGAUCGCCUCAAGCCUGUGAAGUCUCUAGAGCCGAGUACCAAGCGCGACUGCUUCAUAUUUGCUGCCCUUAUCAUUCAGUCGCAACAUCCGUCUCCUGAACUCCAUGGUCCGUACUACGACUUUGGCUUCUGUGCAUGUAGGAACGAGGCGGAGGAAUCGACUCUUGGAGUCUUGUAUCAGCAAUUGAUCGUUGGCGACAUCCACCAGCCACAACGAUGGUACUGGGGAGACAUGCCCACUUCCGAUGCUUACGCUGCCCGCUUCUCAGACUUCUGUCAGGCUUUUGAAAACCAGGACCUGAUCCAGUUCAUGGACAACAAUGGGAUGAAGCAGCAGAGGUCAUCAAUACGGCAUCUCGAAACAUACCUGAAUGCUCCGAAAGAGACACGACACUCUCCUGUCUGGAAGCUGUUGACUUUCCUCAAGAGCGGGGAUGCAGAGUGUCCGCCAACA